AUGCCCGAGGAAAUUAGCGAAGACUUUAUACGAUCAUGGAUAGAGAACAAAAUUUGUUUAUCAAAAUACAGUUUCAAUAGUAUCUGGAACGAUGAUUAUAAUAAGAUAGUUCACAAUUGGAUUUUCAACGCUAACUCUAAAAUAUUAUAUAUAUAUAUAGCAGAUUGUGAUCCAAUAAAACUAAGUUUCUCUUUUGACGUACCUAACGAAAUAAUAGAUGAGUCGAUUAAUGAGUACAUAAUAUUUCUAAAAGUCAAUACUAAAAAAAUAACAUAUGAGAAUAUUGAUAAUGUAAUUUUGUAUAAUAAAAUAAAAUGCAAUAUAAAAGAAAAUAUUUUAAAUUUAAUGGAUAGAGUAUUUAUCCCCUUUCUAGACAUGAAAAAUAAAUCUUCAAUAAUCAUACAAAAUGACUUUAAUAUUACGACUAUAGAAUUUAUGACUUAUAUAACACAGUUAUUUAUCAAAAAUAAACUAAUUUAUUAUCCCAAAAUCGCAGCGAAUAAUAUCCAACUUUCUGGAACUGAUAAAGGUUAUGUUCAGAUAUUCGAAAGGUUGUUGGGCCAUUGGAUAAAUGACAUCCAAAAGUUAUUUAAACAUAUUUGUAUCAAGGAAUUAAAUUACAUGACAUUGUGUGAAUAUAUAUCAGAUGCAGAAGAAAAACAUAAUAUUUUAAAAGAUCUUUUGGAGGAAGUAAAUUUUGAAAUUGUAAAUAGCAUCUUAAGUUUUUUGGAAAAGAAUAAUUGCGCUAAUGUUAAAAAGUAUAAUAUAUUAAUAGACAGUAUUAAAAAUGAAUGUGACGAAUUAGAAGAAAAAUUAAAAGCAUUAAAAAUGCUAAAAGAGCCUUUCAAUAAUUUUGAAGAUAAUAUAUCUACAGAAAACAUUUAUAGCAUUUUACCUAUAGUUGUAAAUAGAUUAAAGUUGAUUUUUCAGUAUUCUAAAUAUUAUAAAAAUUCUGAUAAAAUAAAUAAUUUAAUAACACUUUUAUUAAAUGAAUUUAUUAAAAAAUUGCAAAAUUAUAUUGACUUAUCAAAAAUAUAUACAAAAGAAGUUAAAGAGUUGUCAAAAAUACUGGGCGAAUGCAUAAAUUUUGUCUCUUAUUGGGAUUAUCUAAUAAGCAUUUCUUUUAGAGAUUCCCCGGAAAAUAGAAAGACAUUUGAUUCUAUCCUGCAUCCUACGAAUAUGUCAAAUAUAAUAGCAUUCAAGAAUAAAUGCAUAGACCUAAAAGAGAUAUGCUACGCAUGUAAUCAAUUUAUGUUUUCGAUUACAGAAGAAGAUAUAAAAACAUUUAGCUAUGAACAUUAUCAUAUAAUUAAAAAGGGUUUUGAUGAUAUAAAAUCAACAUUUUUUAAUGAACUAAUUAGGAUACGUAAAUUAAAGUACGAAUUAUUAAGUAUUAAGCAUAAUGAAUGGAAUAAUGAUUUUAAAAAGACCAAAGAGUUAAUAAAAGUUCUAGAAAGUAUUUUUAUAAAUCUAAUUAAAAUAUCAUUUGAAAAUUGUAGUAACAUUGAAUAUACAAUUUUUCUAUUUGAUAAAUUUUAUACAUUAGCUAUAACUGAAAAUAUCAAAUCAUUUAUGAGUAAAAAGUCGAUAGAUAUAUGGUGGUGUUUUAUUAACUAUAUUGAUUCAUAUUCUAAAUAUUUUAAUAACUUUUUGGACAAUCCCCUUAAUUAUUUUUCAUACAAUAUCAGAUAUGAAUAUCAUUCUUCUUGUAUUAUGUUUGCUAAAAAUAUCAGUCUAAAAUUACAUAAGAUUUUCGAAAAGUUAACCAGCUUAUAUUAUAUGCCCAUAGUUAAAGAAAAAGAAAUAGCUUAUGAAAAAUAUUUGAAUAUUCAAAAUGCGAUUAAUACAUAUAUAAAACAAAUUAAUAGUAUGUGGGUAAAUGAGUUAAAAGCUAUUUCAGCUAAAAAGAAUAAUUCUUUAGUUAAUACACUAUUAGAUAAUUCGAUUUUAACAAAAAUAAAAGACAAAUAUCUUGAAAACACAUAUAAUGUAGAAAUUAAAAAAGUACUUUCGGAAGUCAACUUUUGGCUUAAAAUAAAAGAUGAACAUAUAUUUUUACCAAAUGUAAUUAACGAAAUAUCGUUUCAUGAAGAUAGAUUAAAAAUAUCUAAAGAAUAUGUAAAUAGAUUAGUUCGAAAUUAUAAUGGUAUUUGCAUGAUGCUAAAUAAUGAUCAAUAUAAAAUAUUUGAAUUUAUUUUAAAAAAUAUAUAUAAUAAUAUUGAAAAUACUAUGUUUAAAUUUAACUGGAAUAAAGACAACAUAAAACUAAAUGUCUUAUUCAGCUUACUUAAUGAAUGCAUAAAUAUUAAAACCGUCAUUGCAACAUUUAAAAAACAUGACGAACAAAUUAAAGAAAUAUUAAAUGAAAUCGAACAAAUUUCUAUUAUUUCAAUAGAUGAGAAAAGAACAUAUACACUUGAAGAAUUUGAAGAAGAGCAAAAUAUUAAUAUAGAAACUAUUAGAAGUAUACUAAGAGAUAAACAUACUAAUAUUAUAAAAAUAUUAAAAGAAAUGCUUUUAUAUAUUGAAAAAUAUUCUGGAAAAAGUCUAAAUUCAUUUAAAAGUUACAUAGUAAAUGUUGAAAAGACUUUUCAGAAAAAAUAUUUUAUAUCUGUUAAAGUUUCUCUCUAUAAUUAUUAUAAGUUAUUGAAUGAUAAAAUUAGUAACGAUGCAGUCGAAAAUUACCCAUUAUUCAAAAUAUAUGUUAAAAUGAAUAAAAAUAAAGAACUUAUAUAUGAUUUCUCACAUCACCCUUCUAAAAAUUUGACUGACGGAAUAUACAAAAAAGCCUCAGAUAUGUUCUACAAUUUUCCGAAAUUUACAAAGGUUAUAUUCAAAAAUAGACAAAAUCAAAUUAAAAAAAAAUUAGCCUUUGCAUUCAGUACACCCAAUAUUAAUGAUAAAGAUAGUGCAAAUGUGGCUCAAGAAAAUACACUUAAGAAAAAUGAUAACAAUAAUCAAUGUAUUAAAUUGUUAAACCAAAUAAAUACUAUAUAUAAUAACUUUAUGGAAAAGCUAAAGGAAAAAAUUAAGUGGCUAAAAUAUUAUAAUUUGAAACUUUUAAAUCUGAAUGAAGAUGAAUUACUUCAUAAUUUAUACACAUCUGAAGAUACUAUGAGAUACAUUUACAAUCAAAUAAAUAUAUUUAAAAAUUUGGAGGAAAGUAUCGAGCAAGAUAUAGAUAAGGAAACAAUUUUGUUCAUUGAAAUAAACUUGAGUAUAUUGAAGGAGGAAUUGUUAUCCGAUUUUAAAAAAUAUAAAGAAUUGUUCUUAAACUAUAUCAAUGCGAAAUGUAAAAAAAAACUCGAAGAAUUAUAUUGCUUCUUUAAAGAAAAUAGUACAAAUCUUUUAAAAGCACCUGCAGAUAUAAGUGCCCUUAAAGAACAUAAUUAUCUAUUGGAAUAUUGUAAUAACAAUUAUGAACAAAACAAAAAAGAUUUAGAUAAGCUUGAAGAAGAUUAUUUAAAAUUGACUGAGUUAAAAGGGGAAUUGAAUGAAGAUGAAAUAAUGAAAUUAAAAAUAUCAUCAAUAUUAUCAAAUAAAUUUGAAGUGUUACUUAAAGAAAGCAAAAAAAUGUAUUUAGACACUAAAGAGAAGAUGAAAAAUGAAAUUAAAAAUUUGUAUAACGAAUUUAAUAAACUGUGGCAAAAAAAAAAAACAAUUUUUUACAAAGAAAUUCCUAUAAAUAUACAAAAAAAUCCUAAUGAUGCUUUAGAAAUGAUUAAAUUUUAUGAGAAAGAACUAGUAAAUAUUAAAAAAAUUCAGGACGGUUUAAAAAACAAAAUAAUUUUAUUUAAUAUUGAUGAUGUUUGUGAUGAACAAAUACGAGAUAUGGAAGUAGAUUUAUGCCAUUUAAAAUAUAUGUGGGAAAUGAUUAAAUUUUGGAGAACAAUUUUUGAUUUUAUUAAAAAUGUUAAUAUAUUUUAUUUAUAUGAUAUAUUAAAUAAUUUGGUAGUCGCAAUAAAAGAAUAUAUAAAUAAUAAUUUAAGCGAAACAUUGGCAUUUUUAGAGGAAAAAAAUCAAAUGAAUCAAAGUUUAGACAUGUUUAAUUUACAUAUGAAUACUAAAUUGGAUGAAGAAGAAUUUAACACUAACCAAAACGGUAUAUCAAAUGUAGAAGGGAAUAAAAAUACUGAUAACAAUGCAGAUGAAAAUAGUUUAAACAAACAAGAAUACAUGAUAAACAACAAAAUUAGUAUGCGAAAUACGAAAAAUUUGAAUAUAAAGAUAUUUUUAAAUCAAAUAAAAACUCAUUUUGUUGAUAUUUUUGAGCAGUUUUUAAUAAAUAUGAAAGUGCGAAACAAUUGGGAAAUAUAUAAAGAAUUAAAAAAUAAUGUAGGAAAACUAAAAUUCUCAUUAAUACUUGUAGAAAUAUUAACUGAUGAAUGCAUAAAAUUUAGACACUUUAAAGAAAUCGAAUUAAAAACAAAUGUACAAUGGAACUUAAAUAAUAUCACGAUAAAUGAUAUUGUUGAACAUAAAUUAUACAAAGAAAUAAAAUUUAUUACAAUAUUAUAUAACAACGCAGAAAAGGAGUUAUUUAUAGAAAACAAUUUGAAAAAAAUAAUAAAUAAGUAUAAAAAUAUGAGACUAUGUGUUAGUAACUACAAAUAUUCUUUUUUAAUAAAAGACACAGAUAAAAUAUUCAAUAAUAUUAACGAAGAUAUAUUCUUAUUAAAUAACAUAAAAAUUUAUAAUUUUGAUAUUAAUUUUUUAAAAAAGACAGAAAAAUGGGAAGGGAUACUUGGAAACUUAUAUGACAAUUUAGAAAUAAUAUGUUUUAUACAGAGCAAAAAUGAAUAUUUAAAGUAUGUUUUAUCGUCUUCAGGGGCAAUGAAACCAUAUUUAAAAAAAAUAUAUGAACAAUAUAAUAUAUGCAAUCAGAAAUAUGUCAAAGUGAUUAAAAGUUUUGAUAAUUCUUAUAUUUUAGAUAAAAUUAAUAAUAAUGCUAAUAUACAAAUGCUUUUACAAAUACAUAAGCAAUUAAAUUUGAUUGAAAAAUCGUUGGAAAGUUAUUUAGAAAGAAAAAAAAGUUCAUUUCCAAGGUUAUAUUUUUUAUCGAAUAAAGAAAUUUUAGAGAUAUUAGGUAUAUAUAAAGAUCCAAUGUUAUUAAAAAAAAAAAUACAAAAAUUAUUUUUCUCGAUUUAUUCUAUAGAAUUUGUUCCCCUAGAAAAAAAAAAAAAAAAUUUACAAAUAAAUUGCUCUAAACCGCUUAUUAUCGUUAAUACUAAUGAAUGUAAUAAAAAUAUCCAUAAUUUGGGUACAAACGAAAAACUAAUAAGUAAAGAGAAACCUAUAAAAAAUGAUAAUACACAUUAUAUGCACGAUCAAAGUAAUAAUCCCGGUGUAGACAAUUGUAAUAAUACAUAUUACUACUCCCAUUAUGAUAUUUAUAUUUAUUCUCAAUGUAAUGAAAAAAUUAAACUCCAGAAAAAAAUGCCAUUAAACAGUGAAUCAUCAAUUGUUAUAUUAAAUAAACUCGAAGAAAAUAUAUACGAAACUCUCAAACUUAAUUUAGUCAAUGUACAGACAGAAUUAAGAGGAAAUAAUUUAAAAAAUUGGAUCUUAAAUAAUCCACAACAAUUAGUAUUAGCUAGCAAGUGUAUUAAAUUUACAAAUGAUUAUGAAUAUUCGCUUAUGCAAAUUAAAAAGGGUUCCCAUAUUUUUGUAAAUCACAUGAAAAAAGAAAAUCAUAAGGAAUUGGCAUUUUUAUCAGAUCUUAUAAAAACUGUAAAAGAUAAAAAAAAUUAUAUUAAAAUUAGUGCUUUGAUAAUACUGGAAAGCUAUUAUAAAGAUGUUGCAGAAAAAUUAUUUAAAAACAAAAUGGAGUGUAAUGAUAAUUUUCUAUGGCUAUGCCAAAUUAAGUAUAUAUUAACCGAAGAUUUAGAAAAUACCUAUGUGGCUUCUCAAAAAGGAUUAUCCCGUUCCGAUAUGUCUGAGCAACACGGGAAUAUACUUAUCGACAGUCAAACAAAGAAUACUUCCAAAAUAAAUAAUAUUAAAAAUGAAUUAGAUAGAGAUUUAAUAAAUGGAAAAUAUAUGAAUAGGAAGGAAAUUACUGAUCCCAUUAUUUCUUCUACUGUUUGUCCCGUUUCUAAAAAAAAAAAUGAAGAUUUGUCUUUCAACAAAAAAUUAUCAAAUACUAAGCACGAUGUUUUUUCUAGGAAAGAUACUACCAAAAAGGGGGGGAUUAGCAAUGCAAAUAAAAAUAUCAAGGAAGAUAAAAAAAAUGUAAUAGGAAAUAACAAUAAUAGUCAAGCUAAAAAGAUAAAUUUUACGGGAAAAAACUCAAGUAAAAUUUUAAAUGAAAAAGGGAAUAUAUAUUGCCAAACUGAAGGAGUAAACGCCAUUAAAAAAAAGGAAAAAGGACCCAAAAAUAAUGAGGAAAAUGAUCAGUAUAUAAAUAUACUAGAAAAAGAAUAUAUAAAAAUUGAUGAAACAGAAAGAGAAGAAGAAUAUGAAGAAGUAUAUGAAUGUGAAGAAGCAAACGAAGUGGAAUCACAAAAAAAAAAUGAUUUAGACAAACUAGAAGAUGAUGAAAAUGAAGAAAUAGAAAAAAUUUUUAAUUAUUUAGAAAUAAAUGAAAAUGAUGACAAUUCGAAUGAAGGCGAAAAUAAUUACAAAAACAAUUAUUUUGAUAAAAAUAAGAUAGAUGAUCUUGAAGAAGGAAAGGAUAAUUUUUCAGAAAAUGCAGAAGUAAAAGGAAAUAAAAUAUUAAUAAAAAAUAAAAGGGCAUUAAGCGAAAAAAAAAUUAGUGAUAACAAUAAUGAUGGUAAUAGAAAAGAAAUGAAUACAAUAGAAGAAGACGUAGAUGAUAAAAAUAGUAAACAACUUAAAUAUCUUAAAACCAUAAAUUUGAUGCUAAAAAAAUCAAUGACUUUAUAUUUGCAUUAUUUUAAUAAUAAAAGAAAAUAUUCUUAUGAAUAUCAGGGGAAUAGUAGUAGAUUAGUUAUAACACCAUUAACUGAAAAAUGUUUUUAUUCGUGCUUAUUUUCAUUGGACAAUUUUUAUGUAAAUGCAAUAAAAGGAGAAACCGGGGUUGGAAAAAGUGAAACCAUCAAAGAAUUUUCAAAAAUAUUUGGCACAAACAUUAUAUCAAUUAAUUGCAAUAAUAAUAAUACUUCAAAAUAUAUAGGGAAUAUUUUAUCUGGUUUGUUACAAUCUGGGUUCUGGUGUUGCUUUGAUGAAUUCAAUAGAAUAGAAGGAACUGUUAUUGCUGUAGUAGUCGAACAAUUUAGAAGUAUUAAACAUAUUCUACAUAGAUUACAGUUUAGAAUUGAUAAGGACGGCAAAAAUAAUAUUGGUGACGUCAAUACAAAUUUUGAGUAUUUUAACUAUGAAGAUAUUUCUUCUUAUCACAACAUGACAAAAUUGAAAAUAUCUAAUUCUGAAAACAAUAAUAACAAUUAUAAUUCCUUUUCCAUAUUUACUAGCAAAGAAAUAUCAAAAGAAAAAAAAAGAAAAAAAAAUGAUACUUCUAUUGAAAUGAAAAAAAAGUCCCCAACUUAUAUUAAGGACAAUUCAAUCGAGUGGAAAAUUAAUGACAAAAUAAAUGAUGUAGAUGAUGAGCAUAUGAAAGUAAUAAAUGGAAAUUUAGACAGUAAUGUAGAUAUCAAUGAAUCUGAUCAUAUCAAAAGGGAUUGCUCAUAUAACGAUAACAAUAAGAAAGAACAGACGUUUCUAGACAGUGAAAUUAUUAACAACAAAUACAAUGAGCAUGAUAACAUAAGAAAUGAUAAUGACAAAGCUAGGAGUUUUGACAAUUAUGAUACAGAAAAUAAAAUUGAUAUGAAUAAGCAUGCAUACUUUGAAGGAAAAUUCAUUAAAAUAAAUAAUAAUUGCUCAAUAUAUUUAACAUUAUGUAAAAAUACCAAUGAUUGUAUAUAUUCGUUAGAAAAUUAUAACAAUGUAAUCCAAGAGUUUUCUUUUAAACCUCCUAAUUUUUGCUUAAUAUGCCAAUUUUCAUUAGCGUCUAUUGGAUUUAAAAAUUCUAAAAAAUUGUCAAAGAAAAUUAACACAUGUUAUAGUCUAUUAUAUGAGUUUUUAUCUAAACAAAAGCAAUAUACAAUCGAUUUAAGAGAAAUAAAAAAUUUGUUAAAUUUAGUAUCUGAUGAUUUUAUAAGAAAUAUAAAUGUAAAAAGCGAAGAAGAAAUAAUAUAUGACGCUUUAGUUGAAGUGAAUGAAUCAAAAUUGUUAAAAGAUGACUUAAAUAUAUUUUAUAAAUUUUUAAAAGAUCUUUUUCCUUUGGUCAAAAAAAAUAACGAAAAAAAAAAUAACAAUGAAACUUCAAUUAAAAUAAUAGAAAAUAUUAUGAUUAAUAUGGGUUAUACUGUAAAUGAUUAUUAUAUAAAUAGUAUAUUAAAAUUGUAUAAAAUUAAAAAAACAAAUAGAGGAAUUAUUAUAGUAGGGAAGUCAUGUUCUGGAAAAACUAGUAUCAUAAAUAUUUUCCGACAUUAUUGUGAUUUUAUCAAAAAUAAUAAUAUGUGCAACCCUGAUAGCAAUUUCCCUGUUCAAUCUGCUAGUGGUGUUGUUGGAAAUGGUAUCAUUGAAGAAAAUGGUAAUGAUGAUAAAAAAAUGUUUACAAAAGGAAAUAUAUCAUAUGAUAGUGUCUACAAUAUAAAGAAUAAAAAGAAAAUAAUAGUAAAUAAUGAAGAAUUUAUGAAUAUGAGUCAAAUGAAUAAUACAGAUACAAAUUCGAAAAUAACGAAUAAUAAAAAUAGGUAUGAAAGCUAUAAUUUAUUAUCGCCUAAUAAUUUAUUCUGUAAUAAAUAUAAAAACCAAGGAAACUCAACAAAUAUAAUACCAAAUAAUGCUGUAUGUAAUAAAAGGUUGAGCACAUUAAGUGUCACAAAUAGCAUACAAAGUAAAACAGCAUCGGGACCAUUAGUAGAUAUUUCAAAUACAUAUAAAAAGGGUACAGAAAAUAAUGACUUCAAUAUAGAUGUAACAGUUUUUAAUCCUAUGUCUACGGAUAUAAAAAAAUUAUAUGGUUAUUAUAAUAAUGAAAAGGAAAUAUAUGAAGACGGUAUUUUAUCAUUAAUAAUUAAAAGAUUAUUUGAAAAUAAUAAUUCUAACGAAAAAUGGCUAAUUUUAGAUGGACCUCUAGAUAUACUAACAACAGAACCAUUGCACUCAUUACUGGAUGAACAUCGAAUUCUUACACUUAUAAAUGGAAAUAGAAUAAAAUUUUCAGACAAUGCAUUUAUAUUUUUCGAAAUAGAAAAUUUAAAAAAUUGUGCUCCAUCAUUUAUAAGUAGAUCGAAAAUUGUAUUUAUGAAUGCAGAAGAAUUUAAUUAUGAGUGGAUUUUUAGCAGUUAUUUAGAAAGAAAUUUUUUUAAUUUAGAAGAAAAGAAUUUGGUUCAGGGAUUUUUUAAUAAAUAUGUUAAAAAAAUUAUGAAUGCUAAAAAAAAUAAUAAAUACAAAUUAAUUAUAGAUGUAAGUGAUGCACAUAUUAUAAUAUCAGUAUGUCAACUUUAUGACAUGUUGUGUAAUUUAUAUGACAAAAAUUUUCCACGAAACCUAAAUCCAUCUUUAUGCCUAGAAAAAUUAUUUCUGCAAUCAAUUAUUUAUAUUUUUUCUAAUAUUUUAUGUCCUAAAAGUAAAGAAUUGCUAGAUCAUUUAAUUAAAAGUAUAGAUAGCACAUUCCCACAUUUGCAUACAAUUUUUGAUUACAUAAUAAGCAAAAACAAUUUCAAUUGGGUAUUAUGGGACGAAUUAAUAACAACAAAUCAUAAUUUUUUACCAAAUGUUAAAGAACACUUUUUUUCUUAUGAUAAUUAUAAUUUUAUAAAAAAUGAUAGCAAUAUGAAAUAUAUGGGAGUAAAUCAAUUAAAUGAGACAUUAAACCCUGAAACCGAUUUUAAUAAAUUUUUAUUAAGCAGUAAUUUAGAAUUUAGUAAGAAUUUUAAUAAAUAUACAAUUAAUUAUAACAACUUAUUUAGUGAUAGUAAUAAUAAAAAUACCCUCGAUGAAUAUCAAACAUAUAAUUUUAAUUUUAUGUCGGAUAAUGGGCCCCCCAAUGCAAAUGAUAUGAACAUAGACAAUUAUAAUAUGUUUUCUACUUAUUCUAAGGAUAAUAUUUAUUCUGAUAACAAUUUUAUGGAUUCAAAUGUCUUUAAUACUUAUAGUAAAAAUUUGUCAAACACCUAUUUUUCUGAUAACACAUUUUCAAAUAACAAUUUCUCCGAUAAUUUGAUGUCUUAUAAAAAUAUAAACAAUGAAAAUAAUAACUAUCCUAAUAUGAAUAAUUAUGGAAACCCAAAUAUAAACAUAGGAAACAACCAAAUAAGUCAUAAUGAGAAUAUAAACAAUGAUAAUAUGGAACUAAAAAAUAAUAAUGACUAUAAUUUAGAUAAUGGGAACUUGAUCGAAAGCUAUAAAAAAUCAUCAUUAAAAAAUUUUUAUAGUCAGAAAGAUAAUUUAACUGAAAUCAAUGGCAUGCAUAAAAAUAAACAAAAAUACUUUCAAGAAAAGUUUAAUGAUAAUAUAUAUAUAGAAAAUGUUGAGUCUUUAAGAAAAAAGAAUAUCAUAAACAUUUUAAUGUAUAAUAAAAAAAAUAUAUUGUUAAUAGGAAAUAAAUUAAGCGGAAAAACAUUUUUUAUGAAGUAUAAUAUAUUGCCAUAUAUUAAAGAUGACAUAUCAACUUAUUACACGUUUGUCUCUAAAUUAUAUAACUCCAAUUUGUUAGAAAAAAAAAUUGAAAUUAAUGUGGAAAAAAAAUGCAGAAAUAUUUAUAAACCUAUAGGUAACAAAAAGUGUUUAUAUUUUAUAUUAGACGAUUUAAACAAUUUACAAAAAUAUGAUGAUAACGUUUUAAACUAUUCGGAUCAUAAAAAUAAUGAUGACAGCCUAUUAUUUGAUUUUAACAUUGAUGCUAGUCGUAUCGCGAAAAGUGGUAAUAAUAGUAGUGGUAAGACUAAAUCGGUUCUUAAUACUAGCAUUUUAGAAUUUCUAAACCAGUUUAUUGACUACAAUAUGUAUUAUAAUAGGGACAAUGCUACUAUGAAAAAUAUAGAAAAUUUAUUUUUCUUCUUGAUAUAUGGAAAUAAUAAAAAAUACACUUCAGCAUUUAAUAAAAAAUUAAUAAAUAGAUUACACAUUGUUCAUUUAAAUGAAAUGGAUGAAGGAAAUAUUAAAAAUACAUUCCAUGUUUUUCUAAGACAUAAAUUUGCAAAUUUUCAUGAAGUCAUAAAAAAUUUAGCAGAGCCCCUUUCUACAGCAACAAUCCGAUUAUUCCUUGAAUGCGCAAAAAAAUUCAAGCCUAAUUUAAAUUGCUAUCAUUACUUUUUCCAUUUAAAACAAAUAUUUAAAAUAAUUAAAGGAAUAUUUUUAUCAGAGGCUUCGAUAUAUGAAGAAAAAGAAAGUUUUCUAAGGUUAUGGGCUAACGAAUGUUUUCGUGUUUUAGGUGAUCAAUUAAUAUUGAAAAAUGAAAGAAAAGUAUUUAAUAAUAUUUUAAAAAAAAUAUUACACAAAAAAUUUUAUGUUUCUUAUAAUUAUCUAUUUCCAAAGAAAAAAAAAUUUUAUUUUUGUUCCUAUAAUUUCCAUGAUCCCAAAAAUGAGAACCCAUACUUUUUUUAUCAACCAAUAUCUAAUGAAAAUCUAUUACUAGAAUUUUUUAAAAACACUAUAUCUUCUUAUAACACGUUUGCUACUUGUAAUUACGAGAGGAAAAAAAAAGAAUACUUUAGAAACUUUAAUGAAAUUGUGCCAGACCCUAAUAUAAAGAAAAAGACAGAUAAAGAUUACAUGUCUUUGAUAAAUGCACAAAAAGAACAUGCCUCUAAAGAAAGUAAUGUGCGAAAAAAUUUAAGAAAAGGGCCAUUCAACAAUUCGGUAGAAAAAAAUUAUGUAACUACUGAUGAUAUAGAAAAAAAUGGUGUGACGAGUGGAAUAAAAAACGAUGCUAAUGACAUAUCCAAUGAGUAUGUAGAAAACGGAAAUAUUACAAAAGACAAAGUUGGCAUAGAUUUUCAAGCAUAUAAUAAUGGCUUAUAUAAUGCAAAUUAUAGUACACCAAAUUUAAAUGACGAAAUGAAUAUUUCUCUAGAAAAAUCGAAUAAAAUGCCCAAAGAAAUUGAAAUAUUAGUAAAUAAAAAUGAUAACGAUUUUAAUAAUAUAAAAACUCCUAUAAAUUUUAUAUUAUUUAAGGAAGCUAUGUCAAAUGUUUGUAAUUUUUCUAGGAUUUUCCUGUUUGAAAAUGAGCAUUUUAUUUCGAUUGGAGAUAGCAGUCCUGGGAAGUUUACUUGCGCUUUAAUUGCUUGCUUUAUAUAUCAAAUUAAAAUUCAUGUUAUUAAAAAUUUUUACUAUGAACACACAAAUCCACUUAAAACACCGGAAGUGGAUACAGACAUUAUAGAUAGAGCUCCUCUAUCCAUUCUUUCUUCUGAUAAUAAUUCAAAAAAAAUCAAUGAAGAAUUAUAUAUAACAAAACAAAGCAAUCUAAUAGACAUGACAAAAUAUAGGCAUACCAUAGGUGAUAUUGAAAAAGAAACAGACGUGCUUAACGAUAUGGAGGAAAAGAUAAACGACAAAUGUUAUCGUAGUUUAGAAAACCCAAAUUUAAUAUUACACAAUUUAAAAACUGAAGAUAACAUAAAAAAAGCAAGUAUUAAUUUGAAUGAUAUGGAACAAAGUGAAAAUCGUGAAUGGAAUAUGAAAAAAACUACUGAAAUAAAAAUAAAUGCAGAUAUAGAAGAUUCAAACAAAGUAAUUUCAAAUUCGAUAAAUUAUAACAAGAGUAGUUCUUUAAUAGAAAAAUUAAAAUGCAACUAUUUUAUAAAAAAGUUUCGGGAAGCACUUUUUAAUUGCUACAAAAAUGAGAAAAGGUGUGUUUUAUAUUAUUUAGAUGAUAACAUGAAUGAUGAAAUAUUAGAAUUUUUACAUGAAUUAUAUAAUAAUGAAAAUUUAAUAAAUAUAUUUAAUAGCGAAGAGGUUGCAUAUUUAAAAAAUAUAUUUUUAGAAAAUGAAAUAAGUUUAAAAAAAUGUGAUACAUUAAGUGAAAUAAUUCAAGAAUUAAUUAAAAAAAAUUAUCAUUAUGUCUUAUUUACUUCAUUAAAAAGUAAUAUUUUUAGAAAAAUAUCUAACGAGUACAAUGUUAUACUAAAGAAAUCCACUGUAAAUUAUUUUCUUUCUUGGAAAAAUUGUUCCUAUAAUGUUAUAGCUCAAGAGAAGGUGAAAAUAAACAACAUUAAUGUUGAUGUCUUCACCAUAUUGCAUAACACUGCAUUAAAGUUUUUUGAAAAAAUAUUUGUAUACAUAGAAGAUGAAAUAAAUAAGAAGAAACAAAAUGAAGAUAAUUUAUUUUCAAACGAAUUAAUUGAUUCGAUGAAUUCUAGCUAUUAUACAUAUAAAAAUGAAAAUCAAUAUGGAGGAACUAAUAUAAAUAAAUAUAAUGAAUAUGAUAAAAGGCAUGGAACAGAUAAUAAUAUUAUGCCUAAGUCCAAAAAUAUUAUAUUAGCGGAUAAUAAAGAAUCUAUGAAAAUAAAUGAUAGCAUACAAAUAAAUACAAAAGAAAAUAGCAAUGUUGCUUCAAAAAAAAAUACAAAAGUUGCACAAAGUAGCAAAAAUAUGAAUGACAUAUCUGAUGAUUAUUUAUUAACAAUGGACGAUAAGAAUGACGAUGAUAGGCAACAUAAUUCUAAUUAUAUAAAGAGUUCAAAACUUGUUGAAAAUAAAUUAAAUGCUCAAAAAUAUAUUAAUUUUAAACAUUUUUUAAAUUUUUUACAAUUUUUUAAGUAUUUAUAUAAAAAAAAAUCUGAAGAAAUAAAUGAUAACGAAAAGAAAAUAAAUUUAGCCUUAAAGAAACUAGCAGAUGCAAAAAAUGAAAUUCAAGAAAUGCAAAUUAAGUUAAGUCUUCAAAAAGAAAAUAUUUCUAAAAAACAAACCGAAUGUGCGCAAUUGUUAAAGGAAAUUGAAGAAAAAAAAAAGGAAUCGAAUGAAAAAAAAAAAAAAAUACAAGAAGAUAGUAUUAGAAUAUCAAAUGUAGAAAUUGAAACACAAAAAUUAGCUGAAGAUGCAAGGAAAGAUUUACAAAAUGCUAUACCAGAGUUAGAAGUAGCAACACAAUCUUUAGAACAAUUAGACAAAAAAAGUAUUUCAGAAGUAAAAGCAUAUACAAAACCACCUGAUGUUGUUAUGCAAACUUUAUCUAUUGUUAUGAUAAUUUUAAAUAAAAAUCCUAGUUGGGAACAAGCCAAAAUUGAGUUAGGUGAUGCCAAUUUUUUAAAUAAGUUAAAAUCAUUUGAUAAAGAUUCAGUAUCAGAUAAAACGUUAAAAAAAAUUGAAAAGUUUACAAAAAAUCCAAUAUAUUCCCCCAAAGCAGUUAAAAAAGUGUCAGCAGCUACUGGUGCGUUAUGCAUGUGGAUACAUGCAUUAAAAAUGUAUGCAGAAGUUUAUAGAGAAGUAGCUCCAAAAAGAUUAAGAUUAAAAUUAGCGGAAGAAUUAUUAAGUAAGAAUAGAAAAGAAUUAGAAUUGGCAAUGGAACAACUUGCUGAAAUUGAAAAAAAUCUUUUACUUUUACAAGAACAGCAUAAUGAAAGUACGCAAAAAAAUGAUGAACUUAGUAAAUCAUAUGAAGAGUCAUGUUUAAGAAUAGAAAAUGUUGAAAAAUUUUUCCUUAAUAUAACAGAUGAAAAAAAUCGAUGGGAAAAAUAUGUUAAAGAUAAUGAACGCAUAAAAAAAUGUGUUUAUGGUGAAUCUAUAUUAUCUUCGUUUUUUUUAGUUUAUACAGGUUUAUUAAAUUAUGAAGAUCGUAAAUUUUUAAUAUAUGAUACUUGCGUAAAUUUGUUAAUGAAAAAUCAUAUAUAUGUUAAUACCAAUUUUAAUUUGGUUGAUUAUUUUAUAGAUCCUAUACAAACAUUAGAGUUUAAUAUUAACUAUUUAUCUAACGAUGUAUAUAUGAAAGAAAAUUUUAUUCUUAUUAAUAAUAAUUUUAUUUCUAAUUUAAUAAUAGACCCUCAUCAUCAAGUAAAAGAUUGGAUAAGUAGAAGCUAUAAUAAUAGUAAAACUUUAAUUAUUUCUGAUUUCAAUUUUCCAGACAUAUUUUUAAAAAUCAUAUAUUGUAUGAACAACGGAAUUCCAUUAUUAAUUAAUAAUAUUAAAGAAAAGUUGGAAGACAUAUUAUUAUUAACUAUUAAAAAGUACAAUAAAUUUAUUAUGGAUAGGGAAAAUAAUAAUGAAAAUUUGAUCGAUGUUAAAGAAAAAAAUAUUUCUCAAAAUGAUGUCCUUAUAAAAGAAUAUAUAAAAAAAAAAAAUGAUUUAUACAAAAAUUAUGUAAAUAAUGGUUAUAUCAAUACUAGUAACCAUAAAAAAAUAAGUUAUGAAGAAAACAUAUAUUUCAUGAAAUUGCAACUUCUAAGCGGAUUAAAUAUACACAAAGAUUUCAAACUGUUUCUUGUGUCUAAUAAAAAUUGUUUUGAAUUAGAUCCACUAUUUUAUAGUUUGACAACUGUUAUAUUGUUUAAUUUAAAUAGUGAAAUCAUAGAUAGCAUUUUACUAAAUGUGAUUAUAAUGAAUAAUGAAAAAAAUUUAGAAGAUGAAAAUAAAGAAUCUCUUUUGCAUCUAGUACAUGUUAAAAAAGAAAUAAUAAGACUAGAAAACAAUAUAUUAGAGCAUGUAACAAAAUGCCAAAAUAAAAUUACUGAAGAUGAUGAAUUAAUAAAUAUUUUAUUACAAUCUAAAUUACAAAUAGAUCAAAAAAAUGGGCAUCUCGAAGAAAUAAAUGAUACGCUUAACCGAAUGAAUAUGACUAAAAAUACGUUUAAGCCCUUAGCAAAAAAAGUUUCUAUAUUAUUUACUAUAUUAAAUGAUUUGAAAUAUUUAAAUAAAUGCUAUCAAUUUUCACUUAAUCACUUUAUUAACUUUUUUAUAUAUAAUAUUAAUUACUUAAAAAAAAAUAUGAAAACUGUGUCUGGAUCAGUAAAUGAAAGACACGAAAUAUUAUUUAAUAAUUUCUUCUAUGAAUUUAUAAAAUAUACAAAAAUAUCAUUAGCAAAUAAGCAUCAUUUAUUUUUUGUUUUUUAUUCAUUAUCUAGAAUUAUGAUUUAUGAAGAUAAAAUAUCUCAAGAAGAUUACAACUUUUUUAUAUUUGGUAUCAAGUCUAAUGUUGAAAAAGAACAUCUGAAUUAUUUUAAAAAAAUUCACAUCAUCCAAGAAAAUAAAAAUUCGAUAAAAGAAAAUAUAUAUAAUAUAAGUUUUAAAAAUAAAGGCAAUUUGCAUGAUAAAAAAAAAGAAAAAGGUGAAAAAAGGAAACGAAGAAAACCAACAAAUAUAUAUGAAAACAAAAAUGUAAAUAAAACUACAAAAGACGAUGAAAAAAAUGGGAAAAAAGAAAAAUUUUCAGACUCAUACAAUUAUUUAGAUGAUGAUGAAGAGGACGAUUAUGAAGAUGAAGAUGACGAACUUUGUGAUGAUGAUUAUGGAUACGAUGAUGAAAAUUUUGAAGAAAAUGAAGAAGAGGAAGAGGACGAUGAAAAGUAUUGUGAAAAUGAUGAACUAUAUUUUGAAAACUCUGAAGAAUAUGAGAAUAAAGGAAAUGGUAAUAAUAAAGACACAGAAACAAAUGAGGGAUUAUAUGCAAAUACAAAAAAAAACAUUAGCAAUAAUAAUGCUGAUACUACAGAGGUAUUUGAUAAAACUAAACCAAAUCACGAGCCAAUGAAUAACAAAACAAAAAGAAAUAUUAAGAAAACAAAAUAUAACUCAAAUAAUAAAAAUUCAAAUGAGUAUUCAGAAAGAAAUUAUAUUGACAAAUCAAAAUUCAGCAAUACUAGUAAUAGUCGAGAUAACCAGGACAACACUACCAAUAGCAAUGAAAUCAUUUCUUCAUCGAAUGAAUAUAAAUCAUUGGAAAUAGUAAAUCCAGGAACUGAUUGGAUAAGCGAAAUGCAAUGGAAAUAUUUAUUAGAUAUUGAAAAAUUGAAAAUUUUUGAGGGAUUUAUAAACUCUUUUAUUAAAUCUAUUCGAGAAUGGAGACGAUGGUUUAAUUUCUUAGAAGUAGAAAAUAACGUAUUGCCAGAUGAAUGGGAAUUCAAUUUAAAUUCUUUUCAAAAAUUAAUAAUAAUAAAAAUAUUAAGGCCAGAUCGAUUAAAUAAAGCAAUUGAAAAUUUUGUAUGCUCAAAUAUUUCAUAUAAUGAUGUGGAAGUAGAUCAUAUGAAUUUUGAAUAUAUUUUAAGACCUUAUAAAAAUGUUGACCCAAUAACUAUUAUACAUAAAAGUAAUUGUGAUCCAUUCCAACAUGUAUAUAAUUAUGCCCGUAAAAAUAAUCAAAAGCUUAAAAAUUUAAUAUUAACAAGUCAUAAUAUAAAUUUUGUAGAUCAUUAUUUGAAAGACGCAAUGGAAAAGGGGCACAUUCUUUUUAUAUCAAAUUUACCUAAUUCUGAAAAUAAUUUACACAAACUAUCAAAAAUAAUUGACAACAUAUUUACCAAAAGCUCUAUUACUGUUUCUUCUUUAUCUAAAAGUAGUUCAGGAAAUUCCCAAUUUAGAAUAAAUGAAAAAUAUGUUUCAUCAUCUGAUCAUGCUGACACUAAUUAUAAUAAUAGUAAUGAUGAAAAGAAGGAAUAUAAAAGCGAAAUGAAUGAAUCUACAAUUACAAAUGGUAUAGAGAGUAUAAAAUUUGCUGAAAGCAAUUGCAAUGAACCUGCAAAUAUUGAUAGACACGAAAUAAAAAAAAAUGCAGAACUCAAUAAAGAAGUAAUUAAAAAUCAGGAAAAAAAUUAUUUUAUUUAUGAAGAGAACAUUUGUGAUAAGUUAGAAAAUAUAGAAAAUUAUUAUCCGUUACUAGAUGAUGAUAAUGAAUAUUCUAACAAUAUGCAAAACUUACUAAUAAAAAAAAAUAACAAUGAAAGUAUAAAAAUAAAUGAUAAGUUUCGUUUAUUUUUAUCAUUUUUGCCAGACGAUAAAUUUCCCAAUUCAUUGUUACAAAAAAGUAUUAUUGUUAUUUUAGAUGAACCGUAUAAUAUUAAAAAGAGCAUCUCCAUAUUAUUUAAAGAACAAUGGGUUCAUGAAGAAUAUAAGAACAUACAACUAAACAAAUAUAAAAAAGUAAUGUUGAGUUUGUUUUGGUUCCAUUCAAUAUUAAAUAAUAGAAAAAAAUUUUAUAGUUUAGGAUGGAACAGUGAAAAUUAUUUCUUUAGUAAUAAAGACGUUAUAUUAAGUAAACAUAUUUUGGAAAUGUUUUUAAAUAAAAAUAUUAAAGACAUAUAUUGGCCUUAUUUCCAUUAUUAUAUAUGUGAUAUUAUAUAUGGAUCGCAAAUUAAUGACUCUUUUGAUAAAGAGCUUUUAAAUAUAUACGCACAAGAGUUUUUUAAUGAUAAUAUAUUUAAAGGAAAAUAUGUUUUUUCAAGUUGUGCUAGUUACUACUUACCCUCAGAUAUCAACAAUGAAAAAGCUCUAAGUAACUAUCUUAAAGAAAUACCUCAUAAUGAUAGUAUCGAAGUUUUUGGACAAAAACCUUAUUCAGAAAUUACAUAUAAUUCUAUUGCAUCUGAAGAAAUAAUUUCUUUAUUAUUUCGUGUUAAUUCCUUUCAUAAUAAUCAUUACAAUUUUUAUAACAUAGCAUCAAAUAGUAUUAAUGAAAAAAAAAUAUAUUCAUUCAUAAAAACCUUAUUGCAUAAUAUGCCACAUGAAAUAUAUGUAGAUAAUUUAAUUAAAAAGGAGUCUAUUCAGGAACAGUACAUUUAUGUGAAUCUCAUGCUUCAAGAAAUAUAUAAACACAAUAUGAUUUUGAAAAAGGCACGAAAAUCUCUUAACAAGGUUCAGUAUGCUAUAAAAGGUGAAACCAUUAUUAACAAAAAAAUCUAUGAAAUUAUAAAAUCCUUAAGUAAUGGCUUAGUUCCUAAAUCCUGGAAAAUAUUUUAUAUAGCAAAGAAAAAACUCAUUAAUUUUUUUGAAGAUUUAAACGAACGAAUAAAGCAAUUAAAUGAAUGGAGUAUUAAUGGGCGCCUGCAAAUACAUUGGCUUGGUGGAUUUUACAACCCUAAAAGUAUUUUAAAAUACAUUUUACAUGAAUAUUCUAGAAAAAAUGAAAUAAAUCAUGAUUUGCUAACAUUCGAAUUUAUUUCUAUAAGUAACUCUGAUGAAUUUAAAUCAAAUUCUAGAAAUUCUGAGGAUGGAAUUUAUAUAAAAAAAGUUAUUUUACAAGGAGCAAAAUGGGACUUUAUUAAUCAGUCAUUAAUAGAAAAUGACGGCACUAAUAUAUAUUCUAUUAUACCUAUAGUUUAUCUUAAAGUUAUUUUAAAAAAAAAUAAUAAAGGUGAUAAUAACAUAUACAAAUGCCCUCUAUAUAUAUCCCAGGAAAAGAAUACACUCAAUAUUAAAGAGAAUUACUUAAUUAAGGUUAGAUUGGGAACUGGUUCAAAACAUCCAACUGAAUGGGGGAAGAUGGGGGUACGAUUGUUUUUAACAAAUGAGCAUUAA